UCAUGCUGCUGCCAGGUCCAGAGUGUCUCAUGGGUCCCUGUACGGCCUCCCAUUGCUGCUGUCUCCAUCGCCACACUCUGCCAUGUGCCACUUUCAGGUCUCCUCACACUGCUGGUGGGUUCCAUUUUGUCAUAGGGUGCUGGCAGAUUACGGGCCUCCCAUUGCUGCUGCCAGGCCCGUAAUCUGCCAUGGGCCCCUGUACCGCCUCCUCAUGCUGCUGCCAGGUCCAGAGUGUCUGUCAUGGGUCCCUGUACGGCCUCCCAUUGCUGCUGUCUCCAUCGCCACACUCUGCCAUGUGCCACUUUCAGGUCUCCUCACACUGCUGGUGGGUUCCAUUUUGUCA